AUGGCCAACGAAACCCCCAAGACCACUGAAGCUCCUGUGAAGGACGGCGAGAAGAAGGAGGUGGAGGAGAAGAAGGAGGUCGCCCCUCCCCCUCCUCCUUCUGUCAAAGAAGAAAUCCUCAACAAUAUCUCCUUGAUCGGCCGGGCUGUGACGACCAUCGAGCCCCGCUUCACCGUUCGUGUUCUUCGUACACUCACCAGUCUGAGGAAGAAGGCUGGUAAGGAAGAUUUGAGGGAAGUGCUCAACCAGGCUUUCCCCAAGGGAUCCAAGACUGGUCAGGCGUUGAUAGCUUCUCCCAUCUUCUCUGGAUUGCCUGAAGACCCUGCGCCUGAGGCGUCUACCGAAGAAGAGUCCAUGGACGUCGACGCUUCCCCUUUCACCGAAGCCACCACCGAGCCCGCUGCUCCCGGCACCACCACCCCCGCCCCCACCCCCACCCCCAAAAAGAAGUUCUCCCCUCCCCUCGACUCUUCCUCCUCCGACCUCAUCCCCGAAGGCGUCGUCUACCUCCGUCUUCUCUUGUUGCUCAAGAACCUGGAUGCGGGCAAUGUGAAGGAGGCUGGCGAGUUUGCGGAAGAGACAGCGGAGCUUGUGUCGAGCUGGAAUAGGAGGACGAUGGAUGCUAUUGCUGGCAAGGUGUGGUUCUACCUUGCUAGGGCUUAUGAGCUCCAGGGACGACUUUCUGAACUUCAACCUCAACUGCUCGCCGUGCGCCAGACUGCUUCGUUGCGCAAGGACGAGACCCUCGAAGUCACAGUGCUCAACCUUCUCCUGCGCUCCUACCUCUCCGCAAAGCAAUACGAGCAAGCCGAGAAGCUUGUCUCUAAAGCCUCCUUCGACGGUGCCGCCAACCAGGCCCAGACGGUCAGAUGGUUGUUCUACAAGGGACGGCUGAGGGCGAUCCAGUUGAACUAUGCCGAGGCGAGAAACUAUUUGCAGACUGCUAUCAGGAGAGCGCCCAAGGAUGAGGUUGCGCCAGGGUUCGUUCAGCUCAUUCACAAGUACUUUAUCAUCGUCGUCCUCCUGACCGGUGUCAUCCCCGACCGCGCCCUGUUCCGCAAACCAAUCCUCAAAAACGCCCUCCACCCCUACUUCCAAAUCGUCCAAGCCGUCCGAAGCGGUUCCGUCCCCGACUUCCAGGCCGCCUUCCAAGCGCACGAAGCCACCUUCCUGGCCGACCAGACCCAUUUCCUCAUCCUCCGUUUGAGGCACUUUGUCAUCAAGACGGCGCUGCGAACCAUCACUUUGGCGUACUCCAAGAUCUCCUUGGCGGACGUUUGUAUCAAGCUUGGGCUGGACUCGGAAGAGGAUACCGAGUAUAUUGUUGCCAAGGCGAUCAAGGAUGGGGUUAUUGAGGCACUGAUCAAUCCGCAAGGCGGGUAUAUGGAGAGUAAGGUGGCGAAGGAUGUUUAUGAGACGGAUGAGCCGCAGAAGCAGUUUACCAAGAGGGUGCAGUAUUGUACGACGGUGUAUAAUGAGAGUGUAAGGGCUAUGAGGUAUCCUCCUAAUGCGCAUCGCAAGGAACUCGACUCUGCUGCCGAGUCUCGGGAGCGAGACCGAGAGAUUGCUCAGCUCAUUCAAGAGAGCGAGGAGCCUGACGACAUGGACGACAUGGGAGACCUCUAG